GUCCCAGGAGCUCAGUGGUCUCAGUAAUGGUGAAAUGGAGAAGCCUGGAACCACCAGGACUCUUCCUAGAGCCGCUCCUCGGCCAAACUGAGUAACAGGGCAAGAAUUUAUCAUUUUACGGGCCUUGGAAGAAACGUGUCUCGCAUGUACUGUAUGACUUUUUUAUGACAUUCAAACAAUAUGGAGUUUUGUCACUAACAGCAGCCGUACAUGUCUCACUUUGCUUUUCUUCCCCUCUGCACCGUUGUCCUUGUGGUGGACGCGUGGAAGCAGGCGUUGCUGGUGAAGUGAGUCAACCAAGCGCUGGCACAAGUGUUGGUGGAACUGGUGUUGUAGCGCCCCUUGGCGGUCCUGGAGCUGUAGGUCUGCCUGGAGCCAAGCCUUUGAAAACUCCAGUGGUGGGCGGAGCAGGGAUUCCACUGGCAUCAGGAGGCGGCUUGACGUACCCCUCCUCGGUCGGACUGGGAGGCGCUGGUGUUGGUGCUGGACUCGGAGCUAAAGCGCCCAAACCAGGCUACGGCAACCUUGGAGUUGGUGCCUAUCAGCAGGGUGUUGCUCCCGUUGCUCCUUAUGGAGGAGCUUACCCCCAACAGUACUACCCAGGUGGAUACGUUCCAGCCCCACUGACUCCUCAACAAGCCAAGGCAGCCAAGUACGGCCCAUUGCAGGGCUUCCUGGGCGGCACAGGUGGAGGACUCUACAGAGGUGGCGCUGCGGGAUGCCAGGGCAAGUACUGCGGGCGGAGGAAGUAGGCGACGCCCGGAGAGGAUCCCCCGAGAUCCGGCGUGACCUCGAGGAAAAACCAUGGUGCUACUGCAUGAUCUAGAAUGUACAUUUUAUAUGCAAACAAUCCCCCAUUAGAAAACACGUACAGAUGUUUUAUUUACUUGACUUAAAGGUCGUUUUUUGUUGUUGUUGUUGUUGUUUUUUUUUAACACACACCCACCGACCCAGAAUUUUGUAUUCGUUCUGAUGUGACAUAAGUUACUGAUGGUGCCUUUAAAGUUAAAUGCGGUCCAGUUAAUCAGCUUUAUCGCACUAAGAUACAAAAAGCGUGUGUGUGUGUGCGUGUGUGUGCGUGCGUGUGUGUGAGUGUGUGUGUUAUCUGGACAUAUGGCUGUACUGUUGUGCAAAAGACUGUCCCCGUCCUAUGAAUGUGACCUCCACGCGGUUUUCUUUUGCUUUUCAUCCCCUUCCUGGGUGCUGCAGCCCACAGUGUCACACCUCGCAGCACAGUCCACCCCUCUGUCUUUGCAGAGGGGCCGAGGCUCGCGGUAAAACCAAAAAACAAAACAAAAAAAAAACCACCAAGUGUGGCUUUGGUCCUGGCCCCCGUCACUCCUGCUGCUAUUUAUAGCCCCGCUGGGUAAAAGGCAGCAGGAAGCGGGGCUCCGGCCAACCUAUCUGCUCCCAGCGACUCGGCUGAUUCUGGUUGCUAUGCGGCUCAGUUCUCCCGGCGAGUCCGUCGUUGCCAGACGUGUGAUGUAUGAAGAGCACUGUCUGCUCUGAGGAACAUUGUGCUGAAGACAAUCAAACAGUGUCUGACUCGUUGCAGGAUGAGCAGCAGUGGUGCCUUUGAGUGUCUCCCCGACACUAGUAUGCGUGCGUAUGAGUGGAGUCUGCUUCAAACGUUUAGUCCCAGUGCAGCAGUUAUUUACGUCUAUGUAACUUCGUCAUAACAUGAUUAUCCACAUUUUUUUGCACCAUACUUUGACUCAUAGCUUUAUUGUUAUCAGGAAUAUGUGAACGUAGAACGAGGACGAUCCUUUGCUCUUGCAUUUAUCCACUGUUGAGAAUCGUAGUCCACCAUAAGCCUAGUAUGUGUUUAUGUUGUUCUCUAUUUACUUGAGCUGCUUUUACCAAGGCUUUACUGACCAAAGGUUUCACCAGCGCCGUCGCCACGUGAGCCCAUCUCCUCCUGUAACCGUGUACUGUAUUUUGUACUCCUUCGCCGCUCCCUCCCUCGACCCUGUGUGAGAACUGUCCCUGAGCCUCACCGGGUCGGGCCUUGCCUCAUGUAUGUGCCGUGGGAUACUCUUCAUCUUUAUUUAAAACUGUUUUUAAAGGGAGGAACAAUGUGGUUUUGCACUUUUAGUUUCCACGACACACACGUGACUCGUUUCCCGGACGUCCUGGCAUUUAAUUUGCUUCACUAAGUAACGAAAUAAAACCUGUUUAAAAAGC